AUGCAGGACAUCCACGUGGACUUUCACACCCGUAAGCUGCACAGGAACUGCUGCCAAAAUGGAGGAACCUGUUUUCUGGGGACUUUCUGCAUAUGUCCAAAGUAUUUUACGGGUAGACAUUGUGAACAUGAUAAACAUAUCAGAUUCUGUGGCACAGUGAGGCAUGGGGAGUGGACCAAGGACGGCUGCCUGCUCUGCCAAUGUGUCAAUGGGCUCCUUCACUGUUUUCCUCAUGGUCUGAGAGAUGGCUGUG